UGUACACAGUCGAGUUGAGCGUGCGCACCAAACGCUAGUUUCUGUUCGCCGCUUUGAGGUAGCAACCUGUUGCGUCUAGUGUGUGUUUUUUUUCGUUUUGUUUUGUUUUGGCCAGUGGAAAGUGCAACGAUAUCAACGAACGACUGCGUUAGAUAAAAAAUCGAGUUAAAACACAAAAACUCACCUUUUGCCGGACAGCAGCCAACACACAGAUAGCGAGCGUGUGAGUUAGUCCGCCGCGUGGUAAUUACAAUAAAACAUAUUAAACAAUAAGAGCAACAGCAGCAGCAACAAUAAUCGCAAUUGACUCGUGAAACGCAACGUGCAACGUGCUGUUGUUCUUAAAAGUCGAAAAAAAAUAAAAUAAAAUAAAAUAAAAACGAAAACAAGACAAAUACAAAUACAAAUACAAAUACAAAAUGGAUGCCGCAGCCGCAGCCGCAGUCAGCGUCAACGUCAGCGUCAGCGUCAACGCCACCGAAGACGAAGAGGAAGACACAACAACACAAGUCAACAACAAGCUGCUGCACAAUCAAAACGGCAACAUGGAUAACGAUGGCGACGACGACGACGACGAGCCGCAAGCGCUGCCAUUUUGCUUUGUUCGCGGCUCCGAUCCACGGGCCGCAACUUGUCGUGGCAAAUUGCAAAGUCGUCGCUGCAAACUGAAUCAGGAAAUCAACAAGGAGUUGCGCCUACGCGCUGGUGCCGAGAAUUUAUAUAAGGCCACAACAAAUCGCAAACUGCGAGACACUGUCGCCUUGGAGCUAAGCUUCGUCAAUUCGAAUUUGCAGCUGCUUAAAGAGCAGUUGGCCGAACUCAACUCAUCUGUGGAGAUCUAUCAGAGUGAGAGUCACGAAGGCAUAAUGCCAAUGAUACCGUUGGGUCUCAAGGAGACCAAGGAAAUUAAUUUUAUGGAACCAUUCUCGGACUUUAUUCUCGAGCACUACAGCGAGGAGCCGUCGAUCUAUAUGGACGCCAUAGCCGAUAUGACAGACACGCGACAGGCUUCAAAGACACCUUCGCGCGAUGAUCUUGGCGUCGCGCUGCUUUUCCGCUACUACAAUCUAUUGUACUAUGUGGAACGACGAUUCUUUCCGCCCGAUCGCAAUCUGGGCGUCUACUUCGAGUGGUACGACUCGCUGACCGGAGUGCCGUCGUGUCAGCGGACAAUUGCCUUCGAGAAGGCCUGCACUCUGUUCAAUCUGGGUGCGAUUUACACACAGAUCGGUGCACGCCACGACAGACGCACGGAGCGCGGUUUGGAUGCGGCUGUGGAUAGCUUUUUGCGUGCUGCUGGAAUAUUCCGGCACAUCUACGAUACGUUCACCAAUGCCCCGUCGAUGGACCUGAAGCCGCAGGUGCUCGAUGUCCUUGUCUCGCUGAUGCUCUCCCAGGCACGCGAAUGUCUCUUCGAGAAGCUGCAGCUACAGAUCGAGGCCCUGGGCCUAACCGAGUCCAGUCAUCUCUUUCGGGAUUUGGCUGGUGAAGCGGCACAGCUGUCGCUCGAGUACAAUGAGAUGCACAAGAACAUCCAAGUGAAUGACACGCACACCUAUCUGCCCGAAUGCUGGGCGGGUCUGGUGCCCCUCAAGGCCGAAUUGUACAAAGCACUGGCACAUCACUACGAGGCGCGGAGCAUCGAUGCGACUAGUCAGACGGUGUCAUCGAAUGAAUCGUUCAUUGGCAAUGCGCGGGAGGCGCUGCGUGCCACCGAGGCCAGCAGCGAGUGUGAGGAGGAGAGCGCCAGUGUUGUUGCCAUCAAGCGCACCCAUUUGAAAGAAGCGCUGGCUAGUCAUGAGGAGGCGCAACGUUUGCAGCGCAUGUGCCGCUAUCUCAAGAACAAAACAUCACUGACCCAAGUCAUCAAGGAGGCGCAUUACAAAACGCACGAGGAAUACGAAAGAUUCAGCCUGCAAGCGCCAGUGAAAAACAUUGAUGAAUGCUACGAUUUAGUUGAACGCACUGUCGAAGCUGCAUCGAAAUUUACGCUUUCGUUGACGGGCCCCGAUUUCACCUCGUACAAAGUGGAGGAUCCAUUCAAGCGACUCGGUCCAAUUGCAAUAUUCUCGGCACGUCGCCACUGGACUGCGCCGCGUUGUGUGCGCCUUCAGAAGGGUUCGGCGAUGUAUCACGAUGCGAGCAGCUAUCAUUGUCAUUGCCCCACCAGCGAUGCCGAUGAGAAUCACGAGCCUGGCUGCAGCCUCUACAAGGAGGAGCUCGAGAACUUUGGCUUCCAUGUGCGUGGCGAUGCGCCUGUGAUAAUUGCCCAUGUUGAAAUCAAUUCACUGGCCGAUCUGGGCGGCAUCAAGGAGGGCGAUUUUAUUGUGGAAAUCGCUGGCAUGGAUGUCAAAUGGUAUUCACAUCAGCAAGUCGUGCGGCUAAUUCAAUCGUGUGGUGCGGCGCUUGAACUUAAGGUCAUCACGCCAAUGGAUCGCAAUUACUUAAAGCCUCUGUCAUCGAAGGGUUCAAUAUCGACGCUAUCGGCAGCCAGUUCAUCAGGCGUCUCGUCCGGCUCCUCGAGCCCAACCAGCACGACCACAAAGCCCAAGCUGCGGAUCAAGACGUCCGCGAAGACGCGCUUUGUGGGCAGCGUAUCGUCCAGUUCGUGGAAUCCCUUUCGACGCACACCGAGCUUGGCGAAAAUCUUUUGAAUGCGGGGAUUCCUUAGCUUAAGUUAUGCUUUAAAUUGAUAUGAAGCAGUGGCCAUUAUUUUAUUUAAAAAGCAAAGUGGACUUCAUUUUUUUUUAUUUGUAUCUAUAUAUAUAUAUAAAAAUAUAUGCUAUAUAUAUAGGACGAUGUAUGCACAUAGAUCCCAAGAACACACACACACACACACUUUUUGGAUAGUUGAGCUCCUGAGAAUUCCAUUUAUUUUCCGCCAGCCUGGAAAAUAUCAACAAGAAUGCGAGUUGCGGAGCACUUAGAAAUCUGUUUGUAAAACAGAACUCGAAGACGCUGUAAAUUAUUUUCAUUUUUUUUUUUUUGUAAAAUGUUGCGAUUCCAAAAAGUAUUUACAUAUUUGAUUACAUACAAACACAUGUGUACAAUGUAUUAAUAUGCAUCAGAUAUGUGCGAUUUGUAUGUAGUAAUAAUCGUAUAUUGAAAUCUAUAUUUUAAUUAUGGAUCAUAUUAAGGUUGGAUGCGCGGAACUUGGGGAGUUAAUUUACGUAUAUUUCAUAUGUAUAUAUGUAUAUUAUUAAGUCACAACUAUUUUGUAUACAUUUUGUAAAAGCCAUUUUAUAUAACAUACAUAAUACUUAUUAUAUUAUCUAUAUACAAUACACAUCUAUCUAUGUACUUACUACAUAAAUUUACCAAUUUUCGUUUCGCAUGAUUAAUUAACCCAAAACUGAUUCGCUGUUAUAUUACCAGUCGAAGAACUAACAAGGAAUAAGAAUUUUCAACAAUUUUGUGCAAUCUUAAAAGAUAAAAGAGCAGUUCUAAUGUAGAAACUGUCUAAAGUCUAAAUGAAUGUAAAGUGUGAUUUAAAACCCUGCUAUUGUGUCCCCUAAUUAUCGUCGCUCUUCUCACAUUUUUGGAAAGAUUCAUUGAUUUUUGUGCGAAUUUUUUCCAAGUCUUCAAUCAGUUCUACUUUCGUCUGAAGAUUAAGCUUAAGCAAAUUAUGCAUUCGUCGAUAGAGUCGUAUCAUCAGUUUGUUUGCGAUCAAAUCCUCACUGGAAAUUUGAUUUGGCUUUGCUUCGAUCUUAUGCUCACUUAAAUCUUCU